CGAAAUAUUUUAUACAUAGUAGUUUUUAUCUAAUUUAUCAUGACUACCCCAUCACCUCUCGACGUCGACGAAGAAGAAGAAAAAGAUUCCCUCUUCUCGGACGAAUCAGAAGACAAAGCGGUUAAAAUACAAACCCCUGAAGCCGAAGAGAGCGAGCAGCCAAAGAUUUCUUACACCGAAGAAGAACUCGAUAAAUUCGUAGAGUACAUCAAAAAUCUAACAACACUGUACGAUCUACGUGCAGAAGACUGGAGUGAAGAGAAUCACGAUGUUAUCAAACUGUGGUUUUUAACACCCACCGAACCACUCAUGACGAUAUAUUUUUAUAAAGAUGUGUUAACAUGUACUAUCGGAAUUCCAACGAACCCUUGCAUGGAUCUGACUUAUUUCCUGCGACAACCACUGGAGACUUUCAAUGUUGCUACUUUUUACGACACCAUCAAUUUUGGAACUAUGGACGAUAACAUAGAAGGGAGCAUUUUGGACAUUGUUGAAAAUGUUUACGCACCGGUUUUUUUCAAGUCGGACCAUUGGCCUGAAAGUGUUAAGAACGAUUUCUCGCACAACCUUCACAUGUUUUUGGCUAAAUUCACCGACAUUCAUAGUAAAUUGUCUGGUCUGACGGUACUUUAUAUUCCUCGGGAGGCUCUUGACAUCCCUGCUAAUAUCGCCAGUCAGGACAAAGAACUAGUGAAACGAUUAGAAGCUAUAGUGGUUUACUGGACCAAGCAAAUCCGGGUUGGUCUUCAAGACCAAGACCAAAACACCCCCGAUGAUUUACUUCGUCCCAUUGAUGAGUACGAAUUCUGGGUCUACAGAUAUGAAAACUUGUCGGGUUUAAACUAUCAAUUAACUAACGAAAGUUUGAAACACAUCUGCAACAUUUUGAGAGCCGUUCAGUCCACUUACGUGCACCAGUUUCUAAUUCUGGCGGACGAAAUCGAAAGGAAUCUCAAAGAAUCCAAAUCAAACAUCGAAUACCUUGGAGUUUUGAAAGAACCAUGUGCAGAGUUAGCCAAAAUUGAGAAUCCGAACGAAAUGCGUUCAAAGUUAGUGCACAUUUUGCACAUAAUUAGAUACAUUUGGAUGAACAGUCCCUAUUACAACACUAUAGAGAAACUUACGAACUUGUGCCGCGCUCUUAGUAAUCAGGUUAUCCUCCAGUGUACGAAAUACAUAAAACUGAACUUGGUUUUCGUCGACAAAAAAAGUAGAGAGGGAAUUAGGAUGUUCGAAACUUGUAUAGAAUGCCUUACUGACUACAUUCAAGCUUACAUACUGAUAUCUGAAAGUCACUCAAUGUAUGGUCCCGAAAUCUGGUCUCUAGACAGAGCCCCAAUUUUCAACCACGUCGACUCUUUCAUCCAGCGAUGUAAAGAUAUGAUCGAAAUUUGUGAAGCCAUGAUAAGUUUCGGACGACACGACGAGACCGAAGAGAUUCCCAAACCGAACUUCGGUGGUUCCAGGCAUAUGGAAUUCAUCAACUGGUGCUCGAAAGUGGAGGAGAUGUUUGCCGAAAGUUUGAAAGCCAUCGAAGACGUGAAACACACAAUUCUGGACGUACAAGAAUCAAGCUGGUACGACCAGAUGCUCCAGUUCAAGAACAGAAUCAAAGACAUUGAGGUAGUUAUCGAAAAUCUGACCAACGCCGUCUUCGAAGACGUAGCAAACGUUGAAGAAGGAAUCGAGAGUUUGGCGGCUUUAUACAACUACUCGAAACGCGAAAGUCUGAAGCCUCUGUUCACCUCAAAGACUCAGUUCGUUUACGAGAUGUUUAAAGACGAAAUUCAUGAAGUUAAGCGGGAUUUGGGUAACACGGAGUUGUAUCCGGCACGAUUACCCUUCUACUCUGGGAGAGCUAUGAUUGCCAACAUGAAGAAAAACCGGCUUAACCUUAUCAGACAAUUGUUCGAGGACGCUAAGUGGAUGAUGCCUUGCAGUCUCGGACCCGAGAUUUUCUCUCAGUACGAAAAACUCGUCACUUCGAUUGAUGAAAGGAUCCUUCAUUUCUAUCGAAAGUGGGUUGACAAAUUGGGAGACGACGUCGCUAAACGUUUGAAUAGACCCCUGAUGUGCAAAAGUGUGACAAAGCCUGGGUUAAUCGAAUGUAACAUUGAUCGAUCCUUGCUGGACAUUUUCCAAGAAGCUAAGUACUGGGAAUCUCUCCGGUACGAAGUACCACCUCACGUUAAAAGUGUUGUUGAUAAAGCUAAUCACGUUAAGUUUGUGUAUGAAAGUGUGUUGGCUGUAGUUCUUGAUUAUAACAAGAUCGUUGCGUCGUUGAGUGAUGAUGAGAGAUUGUUGUUCAAACCCUUGAUUACUAUAGUAGAAAAGAAAAUAGCUCCUGGCUUGUCUAGACUCACCUGGGCUUCUGAAGUGUCGGACGAAUAUAUUGACGAGUGUUCACACAAUACAGCUGAGUUGCAGCAAUUUCUCGAUGAUUACAAAAGUUGCAACUUGCAGAUCGUUGCAAUUUGUGAAAAAGUCUGCGACACUUUCAUGUUUAAAAUCACACCUAAUUAUGUCUUCCAAAUCGACGAACUAAUUCACGAGAUAUCGACGCAUCUGGAGCGAACCAUGGAAGUUCUUAUUAAGCACUGGCACAACAUAAUCCAGUUUCUUAUUUUGGUUUUUGAAGGAUUUGAGAAUUAUAUGACCGUCAUGGCCAACCAAUGGAUCACUUAUAUCAACAAUUUUGACACUCUAGUGGAAGAAGCGCUUAAGAUUUGUUGUAGAAAUACACUGCACCACUUGUAUGAGUUUCUUCACGGUGAUGAAACCAUUGGGCCAAACCCGGUUUUAGAACUCGUAGCCAGUUUAAAAGACAACCGGAUUAACUUUCAACCAACUCUUGGUGAAGUCGCCAGAGUGAUUCACAACGUCUUACCCAACAUAGUUGAAGCUCUGACAUCACUCCCGCGCCUAAACGAUAAGUUCCAUGUAGCUGAAACCGAUUUUACACCAUACUAUGGUAUCAUCGAAGGAGAUUCAGAAUGUAAGAAACUUCAAAAGAUGCUCAAUGAAGAGGUAAGCCACAACGUCAAAUUAAUCCAAGAAUACAUGACAACGUGGGAACCUUUCCGUGACCUUUGGGAAAUCGACAAAGACCUUUUCAUGGAUAAGUACGAAGGCGAAUAUCCAACAGCAGACCAGUUUGACGCCAACAUCGGGAGAUACACGGAAGUAGCAAACAACGUCCAAAUUCAAGAAGGCGUCACAGUUGUCCAUUUCAUACGUAUAAACUGUUCGGAAUUGAAGAGAGCCAUCAUCGAGCAUUGCGUCCAGUGGCAGAUGAAGCUCUGUCAGCUUUUGUACAAGUUGACGGUGAGGAACAUCAACGACGUCUAUGCCUACAUUAAAACCAACACGGAAGCCGUUUUGAAGGAACCGAAAAACCUGGUCGAAAUGGAAGAAGCUAUAGCGCUUUACGAUCGACUGGUGGAAGAAGUCGAAGAAAAAGAGAAAAUAUUCCCUUCGAUAACAGACGAAAUGCUGGUGUUGGAAAAGUACAACGUGUUUGUUUCUAACGAGAUUCGAAGUCAAGAAAGAGCGAUCCCUACUGAGUGGGGUCGGUAUUUGGAAGUGUUGCAAGAGGCGGAGAAGAUGCUUGGGUAUUCGAAGGACACCUUCAAAACCAAACUCCUCGAAGACGCAGAAGUGUUGAAGAAAGAUGGUAAAGCUAUCUUGGAAGAGUUUCUCACCAAUGGACCGUUUUCGUCAGACUGGAGUGCCGAAGACGCGCUUAAGUAUAUUGCUGAUAUUAAGGCAAAGCUUGCGAUGUUGCGCGAACAUGAGGCUAGUCUAAGAGGCGAUUUGGGAAUAUUCGGGCUCAGUUUACCCGACACUGUAGAACUGACGAAACUGGAACGAGAAAUUGCCGCCAUAGAACUCGUCUGGCAGUUAACCGACGAAUGGAACAAAGCUUGGGAAAAAUACAAAUCGGGCGAAUUUUGGACCAUCGAAACCGAAGAAAUGGAAUUAACCGCUCAGACUCUCUUCAGAAAACUGACACGACUAUCCCGCGAACUCAAAGACAAAAAUUGGGAAAUCGUGGACAAUACAAGAGAACGCGUGGAUGCUUUCCGACGAACUCUACCACUGAUAGGCGAUUUGAAAAAUCCUUCUAUGCGUCCGAGACAUUGGGAUCGCGUACGCAAAGUCAUCGGAAGAGAAUUCGACGAAAAUUCACCCGAUUUUAACUUGGAAGCCAUAUAUGCUAUGGAAAUGCACAAGUUUGCUGAAGAAAUUAACGACAUUUCGAAUGCCGCUACCAUGGAGUUGCAGAUCGAAAAAGGUAUCGCGAACAUUGCAGCCGUCUGGAAGGACAUGAAAAUUGAAAUCAUACCACACAAAGACAAGGGUAUCUACAGAAUUAAAAGCGUCGACGAAUGCUUUCAAACCCUUGACGAUCACAUGCUGCAAUUAUCGACAAUGAAGAGCACACGUUUCGUCGAACCUUUCACCAAAGAAGUAGAUUAUUGGGAAAGGACUCUUUCUUACAUUCUAGAAACGUUAGAGGCGGCUCUACACGUACAAAGACAGUGGUUGUACCUUGAAAAUAUCUUCUUCGGCGAAGACAUCCGCAAGCAGUUACCACGAGAAUCCGAAGGCUUCGAUCGUCUAAGCGAAGAAUGGAAAACCAUCACCCUACGCAUGUUCUUAGGAAAAACAGCAAUGAAAGCCACUCAUUUCGAACCGCCUCCUUACCUUUACAACAAACUAAAUCGCAUGAACGACAAACUAGAACUGAUACAAAGAGCCCUAGAAAAGUACUUGGAGACGAAACGCCACGUGUUCCCACGGUUCUAUUUUAUUUCAAACGACGACAUGCUGGAAAUCUUGGGCAACUCCAAGAAACCUGAAGCGGUGCAACCCCACUUGAAAAAGCUCUUCGAUAAUUUGGUAAAAUUGAAGAUGCAGAAGAAUCUAGUUACGAAUAAGUUGGAAGCCUUGGGUAUGUUUUCCGAAGAUGGGGAGUACAUGGAGUUUCCGAAAGGGAUAAUACUGGAUGGACCCGUGGAGACGUGGCUUUUGGAAGUGGAGGCACAGAUGAAAGCUUCGCUGAGGAAGGAGUUUAAGCCGUGUCGAAGCGCGCUGAAGAAAAUGUUAAGUAAGAGGGACAAGUGGUUGUUGACUUAUUGCGGACAGUUGUGUAAUGCGUGCAGUCAGAUACAAUGGACGACUGACUGCACCAAAGCUUUAGUGCAUGCCAAAAUAACUGAAAGUAAAAAACCGUUGAAGAAACUGAGGAGAAAGCAGAAUCAGGUUUUGAGCAAACUAUCGGAGCUGAGUAGGAGAGAGUUGACUAAGCUGCAACGACUUAAAGCAAACGCUUUGAUUACCAUUGAAAUCCACUGUCGCGAUGUCAUUGACAGAAUGUACAAAGCGAACUGCAGAGACACGAACGCGUUCGAAUGGUUCUCACAACUGCGCUUCUACUGGGAUCGCGAUUUAGAUGACUGCAUUAUCAAACAAACAAACACUUCUUUCAUGUACGGUUACGAAUACAAUGGGAACUCAGGUCGGCUCGUCAUCACUCCGCUAACCGACAGAUGCUACAUUACUUUAACGACGGCUCUUCACUUGUACCGUGGAGGAAGUCCCAAAGGACCGGCCGGUACCGGCAAAACUGAGACCGUUAAAGACUUAGGCAAAGCCAUGGGUAUGUGGGUCAUAGUUACUAAUUGUUCCGAAGGUCUGGAUUACAAAAGUAUGGGUAAAUGUUUCUCUGGACUGGCCCAAACAGGUGCGUGGGGUUGCUUCGACGAGUUUAACCGAAUCAAUAUCGAAGUACUUUCGGUUGUUGCGCAACAGAUACUCAGCAUUCUAUCGGCGAUAGCACGAAAGCUUACGAAAUUUGUUUUUGAAGGUUCGGAAAUUAAGCUGAAACCGACUUGUGGUAUUUUUAUUACUAUGAAUCCGGGUUAUGCCGGUAGGACUGAACUCCCGGAUAAUUUGAAAUCGAUGUUUCGGCCAAUCGCUAUGAUGGUUCCGGACAGCGCGAUUAUAGCUGAGAAUAUCCUGUUUAGUGACGGCUUUCAAAAUACUAAACUUUUAGCAAAGAAAGUGUACACUUUGUAUCAGCUUGCGAUGCAACAAUUAAGUCAGCAACAUCACUACGAUUUUGGUUUGCGUUCAAUGGUGGCUCUUCUACGAUACGGGGGAAGGAAGAGGAGACAGUUGCCCCUUUUUCCAGAAGACGAAAUCAUAUAUCUUGCCAUGCGGGACAUGAACAUAGCCAGACUGACGUCAGACGACUUACCCCUUUUCACUGGAAUAAUGUCUGAUAUUUUUCCUGGAGUGACCAUACCAACUGUGGAUUACGUAGACAUGAUUAAUGCCAUCGUGGAACAUAUGAAAGAAAAUGGAUUGCAGCCUAUAAAAAACGCUAUAACCAAAGUCAUCGAACUAUUCGAGACGAAAUCCUCGCGACAUUCCGUUAUGAUUUUGGGAAGAACCGGGUCUGCAAAAUCAGCAACCUGGAAGACGUUAAAAGGUGCAAUGAAGAAACUGACUAAACUUGGAAAAGAAGGUUUUAAUCAAGUCCACGUAUACCCCAUAAACCCGAAAGCGCUGAAUUUGGGCGAACUGUAUGGAGAGUAUAAUUUAAGUACCAACGAAUGGUUGGAUGGCGUGAUUAGUGCUAUCAUGAGGACAGUGUGUGCUGAGGAAUCACCUGAUCAGAAGUGGAUCUUAUUCGACGGUCCCGUGGAUGCCGUGUGGAUAGAAAAUAUGAACAGCGUCAUGGAUGACAAUAAAAUCUUGACUUUAAUAAACAGCGACAGGAUUACCAUGCCUGAACAAGUUUCUUUGCUGUUUGAAGUUGGUGACUUGUCAGUAGCUUCACCGGCUACUGUCAGUAGAUGCGGAAUGGUGUACAACGAUUACAAAGACUGGGGAUGGAUGCCUUACGUCACUUCAUGGGUACAAAAGCAGAGUAAACGUGGAACAGAGUAUCAAGAAACUAUAAUGGGUUUUUUCACUACUUACGUACAAAAAAUAUUAGACUUCAAAAGACUAAACUGUGAAGAAGCAGCAGGUUGUGUCGAAAUUAACCUAAUUAUGUCUUUGUGCAAACUCUUAGAAAUCUUCGCGACAGUCGAAAACGGUGUGAAUCCUCACGACGAAGACAAUUUUGCAGAUAUGGCUAAGAACUGGUUCCUAUUUUGUAUGAUUUGGUCUAUUUGUUCUACAACAAACGAAGAGGGUAGAAGAAAAAUAGACACUUUUAUCCGAGAAAAAGAAGGUGCGUUCCCUAUCAAAGAUACCAUUUACGAAUAUUUUGUGGACGUUCCAAACAAAUGUUACCAACUGUGGGAGGCUAAGUUACCCUACGACUGGAAAUACGACCCGGGGUGCGCGUUUUUUGAAAUUAUCGUUCCGACUGUAGACACCGUUCGCUACGAAUUCAUAACAAACAACCUUUUAUCUCACGGUGAUCCAGUUUUACUCACUGGUCCCGUUGGUACCAGCAAAACUUCAACGGCUUUGUCAGUUUUAGACGAAUUAAAUUCCGAAAAAUACACAGUUCUUAACGUGAACAUGUCUGCUCAAACAUCAUCUAUAAACUUACAAGAUGCUAUUGAAAGCCGUCUGGAAAAAAGAACCAAAGGAGUAUUCGCACCCGUUGGGGGUAAAUUAUUAGUGGUGUUUUUAGACGAUUUUAACAUGCCUGCGAAAGAGACAUACGGCUCCCAGCCGCCUUUAGAACUGCUGCGACAAUGGUUGGGUUAUGGAUUUUGGUACGAUAGACAAAAGCAAACCAGAAAAUUUGUCAUGAAUAUGCACGUACUCGCUGCUAUGGGACCACCUGGAGGUGGUCGCAAUGUGAUUUCUGAACGUCUUUUGAGCAAAUUCAACGUAAUUAACAUCACGUUUCCCGACGAAACCAAUAUUUUGAGGAUUUACGGAACGAUGUUGGGGCAACAUUUGGCCGAGUUCAACGAAAUAGUGAAGAUAACAGGACGCGAAAUUACGGAAACCACGAUCGAUCUAUACAAUAACGUGUCGAUGAAGAUGCUGCCCACGCCGACGAAGAUUCACUACCUUUUUAACUUGAGAGACAUUUCGAAGAUAUUUCAGGGAUUACUAAGAGCUCAUAAAGAUUUUCAUGACAAUAGAACGGCACUUCUGAGAUUGUGGAUCCACGAGUGUUUUAGAGUCUUUUACGACAGGCUGAUUGAUGACAGAGACCGAGAAUGGUUUAUUACUCACAUGGGUGAGCAGCUGGGUAAACACUUCGAAGCAACCUUCCACAGUAUUUGCCCCAAAAGCAAGAUUCCCAUUUUUGCGGAUUUCGUCAACCCCUACCGAAUCUACGAAGAUUUGCAAGACAUGUCAGUCUUGCGCAAAUAUUUAGAAGGGCAAAUGGAAGAAUACAACCAUUCUCCUGGAGUUGUCAAAAUGGAUUUGGUUCUUUUUGAGGAUGCUAUAGAACAUAUAUGUAGAAUCGAAAGGGUUAUAUCGCAACCACGAGGCAAUAUUCUUCUCGUGGGAAUAGGGGGUAGUGGUAGACAAUCGCUAUCUCGUGUCGGGGCUUACAUUUGCGAAUACGGCACUUAUCAAAUCUCGGUUACGAGAAGCUACAAGGUUCCAGAAUUUCGUGAAGAUUUAAAAAUUUUAUACGCUGUGACUGGUGUUGACAACAGGGAGACGGCGUUCAUUUUUAACGACACCCAAAUCACAGACGAGAGUUUUCUGGAGAUUCUCAACAACAUGCUAAGUGUUGGAGAAGUAGCUAACUUGUACAAACCAGACGAAUUUGAAGACAUAAAAACAAGACUGAUGAACGCUGCGGCUAAAGCCGGUGUAAUUCAAACAAAUGAAGCGAUAUACAACUUCUUGAUUAAAAGAGUUCGUGCCAAUUUACACAUGGCAAUUUGUAUGAGCCCUAUAGGAGACGCAUUUAGAAACAGGUUGCGCCAAUAUCCAGCGUUAGUCAGUUGUACAACAAUCGACUGGUUCAGCGAAUGGCCAAAAGUGGCUUUAUUGGAAGUAGCAAACAAAUAUAUAAGUGAUGUUAACUUUGUGCAAACCAUCACCGGAGAAGCGGGGGUAGCACGACGGGAGUCUCUCGUCCGGACGACUCAAGACAAACUAAGAGAAGCUACAGCUUCGACUUUUGCCACGAUUCACGACUCCGUAGCAAAAUGUGCAAAACGAAUGGCAGUCGAAAUGAAACGUCAUAGCUACGUUACCCCCACAAAUUAUCUAGAACUAGUCGCAGGAUAUAAGAGUAUGCUUCAGAAGAAACGAGAUGAAGUCGCUGCAGACGCCAACAAACUGAGAAACGGUCUAUGGAAAAUCGACGAUUGCCGCAGCAAAGUCCAAACAAUGUCCGUGGAACUAGAAGAAGCUCAAGUCAAAGUAGCAGAAUUUCAACAACAAUGCGACGAAUACCUAGUUAUAAUAGUAGCUCAAAAGAAACAAGCGGACGAGCAACAGAGAGAAGUCACCGUAAAAAGCAUCAAGAUUCGAGAAGACGAAGUCGAAUGCCAGAAGUUGGCAGACGUGGCUCAAGCCGAUUUAGACGAAGUCAUGCCAAUUCUAGACGAAGCUAUGAGAGCGCUGGACGCUUUAAGCAAAAAAGACAUCUCUGAAAUGAAAUCAUACAGCAAACCCCCCACCAAAGUCGAAAUGGUGCUUGAAGCGGUCAUGAUUCUAAAACAACUCGAUCCCACUUGGACCGAAGCGAAGCGACAGCUAGGCGAAAUGAACUUUUUGAAAGAUUUGGUGGAAUUCGACAAGAACCAUAUUUCAGACCGAACACUAAAAAAAAUAACCAACUAUACACAAAACCCGGAAUUCGUACCGGAAAAAGUCGGGACGGUGUCUUUCGCGGCGAAAAGCUUGUGUCAGUGGGUGAUCGCCAUCGAGCAAUACGCGAGAGUUUGGAGAAUCGUCGAACCCAAGCAAAUGAAAUUUGAUUCGGCUAUGGAGUCCUUGCGUGAAAAGCAACGCAUGUUAGCGGAAGCUCAAGCCAAACUGGCGGAGCUUAACGCCAUGUUGGCGCGUCUACAGAAAGAAUACGAAGAGAAGCUUCAGCAGAAGGAAGAGUUGAACAAAAAAGCCGAACUUUUGAAAAUUAAAUUAGAACGGGCUUACAUUUUGGUGGAAUGUUUGGCUGGGGAGCGAGUUCGGUGGCAAGAAACGGUCAAGCGUCUCGACGCAUCGUAUGAAGCUUUACCCGGAGACUGCUUACUAGCGACUGCUUUUCUUUCGUAUUUGGGGCCUUUUGUUUCAAGCUAUCGUGAAGAAUUGACAGAACUGUGGAAGCAAGAAGUACUGGAGCGCCAGAUUCCUUUCACUCCAACGUUCGAUAUUAUUACGUUUUUGAGCGACCCUACAACCAUUCGAGAAUGGAAUUUGCAAGGUCUUCCAGCGGACGGUUUUAGUACCGAAAAUGGGAUAAUAGUGACUAGGGGUACUCGAUGGCCUCUGGUUAUCGACCCGCAGUGCCAGGCACAAAAAUGGAUCAAAAACAUGGAAGUUCAAAAUCAGCUGAAGGUAAUCGACUUCGGGAUGCAAAAUUAUAUGAACAUUUUAGAAGAAGCAGUGAAAAACGGUAAACCAGUUUUACUACAAAAUAUUCUCGAAACGAUGGAUCCUUCACUCAACAACAUACUAGGCAAAGCUGUGGUAAAACAAGGAGGGUUAAGUCUCAUCAAAAUCGACGACAAAUUUGUGUCUUAUAACCACGAUUUUCGCUUUUUCAUCACAACGAAAUUGACAAAUCCGCAUUAUCCGCCUGAAAUAUCGACGAAGACCACGCUCGUGAAUUUCGCUGUGAAAGAACAAGGUUUGGAGGCGCAGCUUUUGGGAAUUGUAGUUAGAAAAGAGAAACCUCAGUUGGAAGAGCAGAAAGACAAACUUGUGAUGGCCAUAGCUAAAGGAAAAAGACAACUUAUAGAUCUCGAGAAUGAGCUUCUGAGGCUUUUGAACGAGACUCGCGGGUCACUUUUAGAAGACGCGGAAUUAUUCAGUACGUUGCAAACGUCAAAAGCCACUUCUAUAGCGGUCCAGGAGAGUUUGGAAACUGCGGAAACUACUGAAGUACAAAUAGAUGCUGCCAGAGAGGGUUAUCGAGCAUGUGCUGAACGAGCCUCUAUUUUAUUCUUCGUUUUGAACGACAUGGGAAGAAUUGACCCGAUGUACCAAUUCGCGCUGGAUUCGUACAUAUUUUUGUUUGAAAAAUCGAUAGCUAAUAGUACUAAAAAGGACACUUUAGUAGACCGCAUUUUGGACUUGAAUGAAUAUCACACAUAUGCCGUUUACAGAAACACCAGCAGGACUCUUUUUGAACAUCACAAACUUUUGUUUUCGUUCCACAUGUGCAUGAAAAUUUUAGACAACGCCGGCAAAGUGGUAAAAAGCGAAUACAACUUCUUAUUACGAGGAGGGGUUGUUCUGGAUAAAGAAAACCAAAUGGAUAAUCCUUGUGCAGCUUGGUUGGGCGAAGAAGCGUGGGAUAACAUCACCGAACUGGAUAAGCUUGCAGGAUUCCACGGGGUUAUGGACACGUUUGAGCAAUACCCGAAAGACUGGUUGGCUUGGUACACUCACACCGAACCAGAAACUUUACCCCUGAUAGCCGAAUGGAACGACAUUUGCAACAGUUUUCAAAAAAUGCUCUUCGUUCGUUCCUUACGGCGGGACAGAAUGUCGUUCUGUAUCUCGAACUUCAUCGUGAACCAGCUAGGAAGCAAAUUUGUCGAACCCCCGGUUUUGGAUAUUAGAUCAGUCCUGGAAGAAUCCGUCGCGCAAACUCCUUUAAUUUUCGUUCUUUCGCCAGGUGUGGACCCUGCACCUGCCCUUAUGCAGUUGGCUGAAAGCGCGGAAAUGGCAGACAACUUUCAUUCUUUGAGUUUAGGGCAAGGGCAAUCACCAGUAGCUACAAGGCUGAUCCAGCGUGGUGCCAGAGAGGGACAAUGGGUGUUUUUGGCCAACUGUCACCUUUCGCUGAGCUGGAUGCCGCAGCUAGAUAAAAUCGUGGAAACUCUACAAACGGGAAAGAUUCACCCGAAAUUUAGACUGUGGCUAAGUUCUAGCCCCAAUCCUGAAUUUCCUAUAUCUAUUUUACAGGCGGGGAUCAAAAUGACGACGGAACCUCCAAAGGGUUUAAAAGCCAAUCUGCAGCGACUAUAUCAACUGAUAACCGACGAGCAGUUCAGUAUGUGUCAAAGCCAAGAAAAAUACAAGAAGUUGUUGUUCAAUUUGUGUUUCUUCCACGCCAUUCUUCUAGAACGGAAAAAAUUCCAGCAAUUGGGUUGGAACGUAGUUUACAGUUUCAAUGAUUCAGAUUUUGAGGUUUCGGAAAACUUGUUGACUAUUUAUUUGGACGAGUACGAAUCCACACCAUGGGAUGCUUUAAAAUACUUGAUCGCUGGAGUUAAUUACGGAGGUCACGUAACUGACGACUGGGAUAGAAGACUUCUGCUUACUUACAUAAACCAGUAUUUUUGUGACGACGCUUUGACGCAGCCGUACUACCGUUUAUCUUCUUUACCAACAUAUUACGUACCUCGAGAUGGGUCACUUCAAUCUUACCAAGACUACGUGCGUUUGUUACCAAACGUGGACAGACCCGAGGCUUUCGGUCAACACCCGAACGCCGACAUCACUUCACUCAUCACAGAAAGUAGAAUGUUCUGCGAAACUCUCAUGUCUUUAGAAAUCCAAAGUUCAGCCGCGCAGUCCGAAUCAAAGGAAGAAAAAGUUGCCGCAUUGGCAGCCGAAGUGAUGGCUAAGAUUCCUAGUCCAAUUGAUUACGAAAACACCGAGAAACUAAUAGGACACGAUAAGAAACCGCUCGAUGUAGUACUCCUCCAAGAAAUUUGGAGAUACAACAAUUUAUUACAAACUAUCCUCACGUCACUGGAUGAGUUAGAAAAGGGUAUUAAAGGUCUGGUCGUGAUGUCUUCCGAGCUGGAAGAAAUCUUCACUUGCAUUUUUGAAGGAAGAGUGCCUUCAAACUGGCUUACAGUGUACGCUUCAUUAAAACUCCUGGGUUCAUGGACGAGGGAUUUAAUCGCCAGAGUAGAACAUUUCACAGUAUGGGCAGAAACAACUCACCCUCCGAUUUUAUUCUGGCUCUCAGCUUAUACCUUCCCCACUGGUUUUCUGACCGCCGUAUUGCAGACGGCCGCCAGAGCCACCGAAGUCCCGAUAGACACUCUUAGUUGGGACUUUACCGUGAUGACCGUCGACGAACACCAACUGAUCGAGGCUCCGGAAAACGGCGUCUACGUCAAGGGGACGUUUCUAGAGGGCGCAGGCUGGGAUAAGAAGAACGCGUGUUUGAUAGAGCCGCAGCCCAUGCAACUGGUGUGCCCGAUGCCCAUCAUCCACUUCAAACCCUUGGAAGUACUGAAAAAGAGAACUAGAGGUCUGUACUCUUGUCCUUGCUACUAUUUCCCGAUCAGGACAGGGGCUCCAAACAGGCCUGCUUACGUUGUCGCCGUUGAUUUGAAGAGCGGGGCACAAACUUCGGAUUUUUGGAUCAAGCGAGGGACGGCUUUGCUUCUUAGCUUGUCAAAUUGAGUUGUGGUGGUUUGUUUCUACAAUAAAAGUGUUACUG